AUGGGAGUGAAGGAAGGUUUUGGAGUGGAGGAGGGGGAGCGUGGAAAGAGGGUCCUCUUUUUUGGAAUGCAGCAAGGAGCGCGCUGGAAGGCGGCCGCAAAUCUUGAGUUGCUGCUUGGAUCAGAUCAUCCGCCCGCCCGCCUUGCGAGCGACCCUACAAACGCCUUAGUUAAUGUUUCUGGAGCGGGGGUAGACGCGCGAAACACAGUAAGCUUUAAGAACACGCUUUAUUGCAACCGACAGGACGCCGGCUACGCUUCUACCCGGCAGUGCCUGGCUAAAUACUACCGCUUCAUGCUCUCAAAGAUCCCACUGUGGAAAAAAAGUGCUCGGCAUGGCGAGGCAAAAACUGAACCGACAGAAGCUUUUGUGGUGAAGCACGAGGAGGAGGAUGAUAAUGAUGGAAAAGCGGAAUCACCCAGAUCUCAUGAGAACUUUUUGCUCUCGACAUACCGAGCGGUGGGCAUUCUUACAAAGACAAACAACCCGGGCGAUAUUGGAGAGGACCUCCUCCUUCCAUGGGAAUUUUAUCCAGUUACAGAUAUUAACGAUGAGGAUGCCUACGCCGAGUGCAUUAAGGCGCUUUCGAGAGAGAUCCCACAGGUGAAUGGGCUUAUUCAUUUUGAGGCCGAAGAUGAGGACGGGCUGACAGCCACUGGAACCACAACGGCGGCUUCUAAUUUGGCUCUCGGCAGCCGAAGUGACGGGAGGCUUUCACUCUACACGCGUCUGGUGCCGCAGUUUACUGGCAUCUACCCGGGGAUGGCCAUUGGAGUCAUUGGUGAGCCAUUUAAGCGUAGCUCGUCUGGUGCCUUGACGGGUGUUUUAGUUCGUCAAUUUGUUUUGCCAGCCCGUCCUUUUUUCCCAUGGAGUGUACAACAGCCACUGCCAACCCCAUCAGUUUUGACACCUAUUCCUACACGAGUUCAUUUUUGCAGUGGACCCUUUCCUAGACGUGACAUCACCUCCAUUUUAACUGCUGUGACCAGAAAUGCUCUUUCACGCGGGGCUAACUUACUCAUCAUUGGUGGGCCACUUGUCAAGGAAUUUGAGGAGUUCGAGAAGGAGCUUUUGGCAACGACGCAGCGAACGUUUGAUGAGCUUUUAGGCACCUACCUGGACUGCAUUGAAGAGGUGGUGUCUAGCUACUAUGCUGCAAACGGCAAUCGAGAGGGUAGGCGCCGCCUAAAGGUGGUCUUGGUUAGCCACAGAGAUGAUGUGACGCAGAUGCCAGCUCUCCCGACCACAAUGUACGGCGUACAAGACGGAGGGGAUGUUUGGGUUCGCUCCAACCCUUGCCGUAUCUCCGUUAAUGGCAUUCAUUUUAGCGUCUGUAACGAGGAUGUGGUGGGGGACAUGCGUGAUAAAAUGGUGGAGCGGUGGCCUGCCGAGGCGGGUAGUCUUCGUCGGGUCGUCGAGACGCUCAUUCAGAGCCGCCUGUACGCCCCCAUUUAUGGCCUUCCCGCGGUGAAGCACGAACUGAAACACUUCCAAGCGCUUCGUAUUGACUACGUACCGGAAGCGAGCAACGGGGAACUUUAUGACGGCAACAACGACGAUGAUGCCGUAGGUGGGAGAAGCAGCAACCCCACAUCCCCCCUGGCGUGGAACAGUCUCGUCUCCGUGCUCUCGGCAGGAAAGGAGGAGCUGGAAGAGGUGAAGCGGGAAACGAAGCGUGUCAAACGUGAAACCCGUGAUUUUUCCUUACCGUUACAAGAUGAGUUAAGCGGUGAAGCGGCAGUCGAGUGGAUGCCUCAUGUCCUGUUUUUGCCCUCAACACGACCUCGUUUUGCUGUUGUAACGCAUCGUAGCGUGUGGGAUGCAGAGAAGGGCAUGUCGCGAGACGAGUCGGAGCUGGACAAUGUUUCUGCAGCGUCAGGUGUGAUGGUGGUAAACCAGGAAAUUUGGAGUAAACGCUCUUCGCCAAAGUUUGAACUACGCGUUGCGGAGGUGACAAUGCCUGACAGCGAUGUUGUGAUGCGCCGGGGUGCCUUGGAGGCGAACGGUGUUUCAUGCGGUCUUAUUCACUUCUUCAACAACGCGGUUAACAGCUAA